GUUUGUGCUGACUCAGCGAUUUUCAGCUCUCACGCAAAGAGGAAACCAAACCAGCAGCAUCAUGAGCGCUCUGCGAUUGGCAACACGAGCGGUGGUGCGGUCUGCACUGGCCGUGGCAAGACCCAGCACAAGGGCGUAUGGCGGCGGAGCUGCGCCCCCAACAGUCGACCAACUUACGCAACACAUCGUUUCUCUUCUCUCAUACAACUCGAGCCUUGACGGCAAGGCGAUCCAGGCAAACUCGCACUUGAUCAAUGACCUUGGCCUUGACUCGUUGGAUGUCGUGGAGUUUGUUGUUGCCGUUGAAGACGAAUUCAAUGUUGAGCUGCCGGACGGUGAAGCCGAGACCAUUUUCACGCCGAAGCAAGCGGCGGAGCUGGUGUCAAAGUACCACCCUUGAGCCUUCAUGCUGCGCUUCAGUGCACACUUUGUUGACCUUUGCGUACAACGCCUGGCUUCGCCCUUCUUCACACAGCACACCUCACGCGCACGCACGCGUGCGUUGCUUGUCCAAUUCAGCCUGUGCAUGCGACGACCUCUGUAGGCUGUUGUCGUGCAUGUACGGAUUAAAGAAUUUGAUGGGC